GCGAUGGGCUCCCGGCUGAGCCGGCCGAGUGGCGCGGAGGCGACGGCCGUUCGCGGCCGCUCCAAGAGGUCCCUCCGCAGCAGGAGCCGCCCGGAGGAGCCGCCGCAGCCGCCGCCGCGCCGCCUCGGGCCGGACUGCCGGCUGGCUUCGCUGCUGCUCGGCUCGGAGAAGCUGCCGGCGGGGCUGCGCAAGAACCGGCCGGCGGCGCCCUACGUGCGGCGGGUGGGCUGGAUCCGGCAGAUCCAGGCCACCCUCCGCGAGCGCCAGCCCGAGCGGGCCAUGCAGCUCCUGCGGCUGCUGCGGAAGGACCUUGGCCUGGAGGGGACGUUCCUCAAUGAAGUGCUCUACAAGAAGGCCACCUUCCUCAACUUGGUGGACCCCAUCUCCCACGAUCUCCUGAUGAGCCUGGCCAGAGACCUGCAGUGCCCCAAAAAGGAAUAUGAUCCGUGGAAAUCCUCCGACCGGAUCUGCCGGCAGCUGAUCUACCACUUGACGCCCCACUCCAAAUGGCAUCGGUCUGGGCUGCCCCGUCACAAAUCCCGCAGCAGCCUGAAGAGCAGCCUGCAGAAGCAGCUCAGCCAAGAGGCCGUCCAUCUCUCUGGGGUCCCCCUCUCCCCACGCGACAUCCAGCACCUGGCCAGCUACCUGCAGGGCAGCGGGGACCACCUUCUCACCAUCGACCUGAGCUUCACCGGCCUGAGGGAUGAGGAGAUGCGCUUCCUGAUGCCCUUCCUGCAGUCGCUGCCCAGCCUCACCCACCUGUCCCUUAACGGGAACCACUUGACCCGAGCCGCUGUGAAGGACCUCACCGACACCAUGAAGGACAUGGCCAAGUUCCCUUCCUUGGCCUGGAUCGAUCUGGGCAACAACGUGGACGUCUCCUCCAUGCCGCAGCCUCUGCUCGUUGGCCUGCGGAAGCGGCUCAGCCGGCAAACCACGCUGCCCACCAUUUACGAGUCCUUGGACUGCACUUCUGAGGCAUCCAGCGGGCCUGAGGCCAGCCUGCUGGACGAGGAGGAGGAGGAGGAGGAUUUGCAAGGGGAAGAGGGGACCCCGCCGCUAGCCACGCACCGCUUCCACCAGCAGUCGUGCGAAAGGUGACUGGACGUGGAGAUGUCCUCUGGGAGACUGAAGCCACCACAGUGGAAGCUCUGAUGGAAGAGAUGCCUCUCCAGGCCUCCUCACCUGCCCACUUCCUUGAGCCUUGCCUGACCUUUCUGGCUUGCUCCCCUCGCCCCGUCCCCUUCCUCCUAGUCGGGCUUUCUCACGGGCACCAAAUCCGGCCAGGCACUUACCACGAUGCUGCAAAAGGAGGCCAUCCGGAGAUGCGGGGAGGCGCAUGGAGCAAGCAAAUCCUGGGCCCGACCUUU